AUGCACACUUCAUAAUAAACUUUAUCCCUCUUAGCUGACUUCUAAGUUAAAAAUCAAGAUUAUAACUCUUUCUUAUCUUCACCUUAGGAAGCAUUUGAUACUACUGAUUUAAAUGCACUUUUAACAAGAGUCACUUCAUUUUAAUUUGAUAAUAUAGUCACAAAAAAAAAUGAAGAAGAUUAUGAAAUAAGUGAUGAUAACGAAGAUAAUACUGGCAGAUAAAAGAAUUAGUGCUCUUUAGAGUUUAAUUUCUCAAAUAAAGUAUAAAAAAUAAAACCCUUUACAAUUACCAGAAACAGAGGUUCACAUUUUAGAGUUAGCAGAGUUGCUAACUACUCGGAAUUGUUUUUGAGAAAUCUAGAUGAUAAAACAUGUUUCAUGCUCGCUGGAGAUUUCACAGUAGAUAGAGGUGUGUUUUUAAAACAAAACUCUUCUUAAGUGGAAGCCUAUUGCCCAUUACAUAAUUAUCGCCCUUAAGUUUCUGUAUAAACUGGUAAGAACUAUGUUAUUUGCACUCUCAACUAAUCCUAUAAUGGUAUUACUGAUAUUUUAGCUCCUGUAACUAUGCUAAAACUUUUAUAAAACUAAUAAGCUUUUGAAAUAUCAUCAUUUAUAAUGAAUUACUAAAACUACAUUAAUUAGCUGCAGUUGAUCAGAACUAAUUUAAAUAAUGCCUUUAACAAAGAGUAGUUGAUAGAGUAGGUAAAAGCUAAUCACUUGAAUUCACUUAAAAUUGCUCAUGAAGCUAUGGAAAAAGCUGAUAAAAACAAGGCAUAUGUUUUCCUUUACAUGAAGUUCGACUAUGAAGCAGGAACAAAUAAACUAUUCUUUGUUGGAGGUAACACCAAAUUUACUGAAGCAUUCCUUGGCUAAAACGAUAUCACAUUAAUGAGGCAGUACUGUUAACGAUAUAGUUUCCCUCAUUUUAAUGAUGUCUCUGGUGUCCUUAAUGUUUUGUACUCAAAAUUCUAAUCCAAAAAUUCAUAUUUCUCAAAUUUAGUUACUUUUGACGAUGAAGUCCUUCCCUUUGAAGGUGUCAGAGAGUUUGUUCCUCUCCACUAACUAGAAAUUGCUCCUGGUCUCUCUGUUGGAGAUAAAUUCGAAAUGAGAGAGUUGAAGUUCAACCCUAAAGUUUAUCAAAGUGUAGCCUAAAUUCGUACUGAAACUAACCAAAUGGAAACUUACUUGAAAAUUGAAGAUUUAGGAUAUACCUUAGAGGCAGAAGCCUUUGUUAAUAAAUUUUACAAGAAAAAUAAAAAAUCAAAAACUAAUCCUCCUACAUCUGAUUCUUCUUCAGAUUCUCAAUUAAGAAAAUCAUGCUUCAAUCUCUGA